CAGACGUCCAUUCUAACACAACCAAAUCCAAGGACGGGAAACAGAUCACAAUAGAUAACUCCAAAAAAAGGAAGGAAAAGAAAAAAAAAGAAUGGCAAAAGUUCCGCUUAGAGACGUUACACCCCUGCUCCAAUCUAUAAGAGCUUUUCUUCUUGGGCGAAAUCAUAAAUCUCAAUUACGUUCUGCUUACGAAAUGGUAUCACACGAUCAACCUCCCCCGAAUUUGCCUGAAGGUCCUUAUAAUAAACUGAGUGGUAAUUACUAUUAUACACAUGAUGCUCGUCGUGAAAUGCCUCUACCUACAAUUGUUGCUGUGAAUUCUAAAACUUCUUUGAAGCUUCUCGCAAACAAAGCUGAUUCCAAGGAAUCUUCUGUCACAGUAAAGAAACCAGUUUCACCUGGCAAGGUUUUCCACUGGGAUUGAGAAAGCUUCCUUGUUGUGGGAAACAAUAACUUGCUGUAGAUAACAUGUGGACAGAAUAAUAAUGGUUUUAGAAUCCA